CUAACACGUGUUUAUGCAUUCUGAUGUAUUCUGUUUUGAAACAUAUUUGAUGUUGUGGUAUUAUAACAACCGAUCAAUAUUUUGCAACAAUAGAUGGUGUGAUAGACUGAAAAAUAUACGUUAAUCAAUUGUUAUCCAACAAUUCUGUAAUUGUUAUAUCUAUUAUUCAGUCAUAAUGUCUACUGACAAUACCGCUAUUGUACAUAAAAAUUCUGAUAAACAAAAGUUUCGAAAUGACAAAAGUCGCAAUACUUGGAGAUCGAGACAGAAAGGUGAUUGUCAGAGCAAUUCUGACGGAAGAAACUUUAAACGUAAAUUCGUACAAUCACCACGAGAAAAUGCAAAAAAGAGCAAACUGGAUGUUGGCAAUAGACUGAAAGAAUCUGACAUAGGAAUUACAGAAUACAUUAGCAAACAUAUUGGCUUCUCCGCAAUAAUCAAAGAGAGAUACACUGAUUUUCAUGUUAAUGAAAUAGAUCUUGAUGGACAAGCAGUCAAGCUUACUCAUCAAGAUAUUCCACAAGAGCCAGAUGAUGAUAAAAAGAUAGAAGAUUUAAAAAUAUUGAUAUCAUCAACAAUAUGGGACCAACUGCAAGUUCUGAAAGAAGAAAAUUUUUCAAAUAUAGAAAUUGAUGUAACAGAUAUUGAUAAAAGUCAACGCAGAACUGUUCAUAUAAUUGCAAAAAAGUUAGGAAAUGUUAUUAGCCAAACAAUAGACAAAGAUAAUAAAAAAUUUAUCACAAUUGUGCCAAACACUAAAAUUAAUAAGAGUGGUCAAAAUAUACGUCAAGACAAUAGAAUAGAUUGGAAAAGACGCGGUGGUGAUUAUUGUCACUUCCUGUUGCAUAAAGUGAAUAUGGAUACGAUGGAUGCUUUAAAUCAGUUGGCUGUGAAUUUGAGAAUAAAACCAGACAACUUUAGUUAUGCCGGUACAAAAGAUCGUCGAGCAUGGACGACUCAGUGGGUGAGCUUAAGGAAAGUAGAUCCCUCCAAUAUAUUGAAAGCUGGUAAAAGAAUACGCGGUGCAUAUGUAGGGAAUUUUAAAUAUGCUAAAGAUGGCCUGAAAUUAGGCAUGCUUCAUGGUAAUCAGUUUAGGAUAGCAUUAAGAAAUGUUUGUGGAACAGAUCAAGAGAUUGAACAAGCAAUGACAUUGUUGCGUGAUAAUGGUUUCAUUAAUUAUUAUGGCUUACAAAGAUUUGGUACAAUAUCUUCUAUACCCACACAUGAGAUUGGAAAAUGUUUGCUUCAAAGUAAAUGGCAUGAAGCAAUUGAAUUAAUCCUGAAACCGCGAAUAGGAGAACAGGAUAAAGAAUUAGCAGAAGCUAGACAAAUUUAUGCGGAAACCAAAGAUGCUUAUGCUGCUUAUGCUAAGAUCAAAAGAAUUGAUAAGAUUGAAGCCAGGCUUUUGAAAGGCUUACAAAUAUCAAGCGAUAAAAAUCCUUUAGGCGCGCUUGAUUCUGUUCCUCGAAAUAUUCGAUUAAUGUAUGUGCAUGCUUAUCAAAGCUUCGUUUGGAAUCAUAUUGUGUCCAGAAGAAUGAAGCAAUUUGGAACGGAUGUGAUGGUUGGUGAUCUAGUUUAUAAGCAGCAAAAUUGUAAAGAAAAUAUAAUCAACGAAACUACGGAUUAUCCUCUGAAUGAUGAUGACGAUCCCAAAGAUGAAACUAAUGUUAUUGGCGAAAAAAGUAGCGAUGCAGUGGCAAAUGAAGUAAAUGAGGAUAAUUCAGAGCAAAAUGAUUUCCCGGCGGUAAAAAUACUUACAGAAGAAGAUUUACCAAAUUAUACUCUGGCUGAUAUAAUUAUGCCUCAACCUGGAUGGAAAGUUAUAUAUCCACCAUAUGCUAAAGCUUGGUUUGACGAAUUUUUAGCUAAGGACGGAUUAACUGUUGAUCUUAGACAAAAGAACAAAAAAUACAGUUUGAGUGGUGCCUACAGAAAAAUAAUAGAAAUUCCAACAAAUCUGUCUUGGAAGAUUAUGCAUUAUAAAGAAAAACAUGAUAAUCUUAUUUUAUCAGAUAUUGAUGAAAUGCGAAAACAUAAACCUCCGCAGGAUGAAUCGGACGGAAAAAAUAAAGCAUUGAUUAUAGAAGUGUGUUUAAAACCCAGUACUUACGCUACAAUGGCCUUGCGUGAAAUUUUAAAGAAUGAUACUUCAGCAGAAACACAAGCCGCUUUAUCUGCUUCUCAUGAUGCAGAAAACAUACAAUCUAAUUUAAAUGAAGGCAGUAACAAAGACUUGGUAGAAAUUGAGAAAAAUGAUGAAGAAAACCAUGUCAAAGAUGAAGAGUUUACUGUAAACAAGGAUGAUACAAUGAAAGUAGAUGAAAUAGAAAAUAUUUCUAAAAUAUGACAACUUAUUUGGUAAAAAAUAAUUACCAUAAAUAUUAUCGUAAAUAAACCAUUAUUUUAAAACAUACAUUUUUUUGUAAAAAAAGAAAUACUAGAAAUAAGAGUAGAGACGGGACAAAAGUAGAUGUUUAAAUUAAUUGUUAAUUAUAUUCUGCUUUGAUAAAAAUAAUGCAAAUGAGAAGUUCUUACUGCACAAUGCACUUUGCAAAAAUUUGAGAAAACGUGUGUUGCCAAUAGAUUAAUUUUAUA